ACUCCUGGUCUUGAGCACGGAUCGAACGAGACACUAGAAAAAGACCGGCGUCGAGCUCAAAACAUUCCGAAGACCGAGAACAUCAUUUCAAGUCAAAGAUGCAGACACCAGUGAUGCUUCUGCUCCUCGUUGGCAUUCUGGUUCAAGCGACCAUCAGUUUGCCCUUGGAGAGGAACAGAGCGGAGAUCAGCAGCAGAGACAUGUACGCCUCCUGGGACGACGUCAACGUGGUGGCCCACGGUCUCCUGCAGCUGGGCCAUGGGCUCAAAGAACACGUGGAGAAGACCAAGAGCCAGAUGAGAGACAUCAGCAGCAAGCUCAAAGCCUUCAACGGCACUGUGGCCGAGCUGGCGAGAAACAGCCUGGCCCGGGGGGAGGCGUUAGCGAAGGGAGCCCGGGAGAUGGAGGACAGGAAGAGUCAGGAGGAGAACAUCUCCUCUGAAAUGAGGGUGAAGGUGGAGGAGCUGAGGGCUGAGCGACGGGAAAUUCAUGCCAGGAUGGAGAGGCUGGAGGAGAAGGUGGACGGAGCCCUGAAGGACAGCAACAACAGUAACCACGGUGAUGUCAGCUUCAUCCAGAGAAUAUUGGAUGCACAGAACAAACGGAUUGAUGACCUUGUGGAGAAAAUACGACAACAGCAAGACAAGCUGGAGAAACAGAAUAGCCAUCUGCAUGCACUCCAAGGCAAGGUCAUGCACAAGAAAUUCAAGUCCCUUGUUAGACGCAGAGAUGAAGAGACAGCACGGAAAAGCACAGAACAAAGAAAUUCUCAAACAGGUUUUGCCAAAGAUUGCCAUGAGCUGUUUCUGCAAGGGCAGACAAGCAGUGGUGUGUACUCCAUCCAGCCUCACAACUCACUGCCCUUUGAAGUCCUCUGCGAAAUGACAUCUGAAGGCGGAUGGACAGUUAUCCAAAAACGACUUGAUGGGUCACAGAACUUCAACCAGUUAUGGGAGGCCUAUCAGAAAGGCUUCGGUAGCUUGACAGGUGAAUUCUGGCUGGGACUGGAGAACAUUCACGCUCUGUCGAACCAAGGCGAGAAUACACUGGUGGUGGAAGUCUCUGAUUUGAGAGGAGAAGUGCAACCCGUUCAGUACCCGUUUUACCUGGACGGAGAAGAGAAUAACUACGCCCUGCACCUGGGCUCCAGGGGGAACCAGCAGAGCGCUCUGCACACAGGGUCUUCUGGUCUGCCGUUUUCCACUUCUGACCGAGACAACGACCAGAGAGCUGACCUCAACUGUGCCCAGCACCUCUCAGGUGGUUGGUGGUUCAGUGAUUGUGGCAAUGCCAACCUGAACGGCAAGUUUCCUAAGAAGAACGUUCAGAGACAACAGACGAGGAGGCAACUGGCCUUCUGGAGCACAAUGACAUCACACCACCGUCAUUUGAAGACCGUUGUCAUGAAGAUUGCCCCAGCCUCAAUCAAGUCCUAAAUGCAUUGGUUUCACUUUCACAACAGUGAGCCAUGUUUUUACACCGGUUUCUCACUCCAUCAUACUCAACGACUGAAGACUACUGACUUUUGCACACACAGCUAACUAAAGGGUAUCACAGAACCCAUCCAAAGAAAAAAAGCUUUUCAAUGUAGAAAAAUGACUAAGAUUUCUUCUGUUUCUUUUUCUGAAGUUGGAAUCAUUUAGCACUUUGUAAUAUGCACAUUUGCCAUUUAGCCUCACCAUUAGUGGAUCAUUAUAAUCCACUGUCUCAGUGGUCUCCAUGUCAGUCAUAUUGAUUGUUUUAUAAAUAACAGUAUUCCCUUUGUAAGAGAAAGCACAUUAUACUUAAAUUUCUUAUGUCUUAAGCCUAUGUUCUAUUUUAUUUUUUCUAUUCAAAUGUUACAUUUCAUUUUGUAGUGAUUGUACAGCAAAUUAAACUUGUCCGAUGUUCAAACAGUAGACAUGAGAAUUAACAUUUCAGUUUCAAUGAAUAAAAGUCUCACAAAAUA